UAGGCACGUCAGCUAUGUGGCAUCAUGAGGCACCAGAGAAGAAAGAAAAAGUAAGUCUGCUCAACCGCCCACUGCAGGAGACGGGGGGAUGUUUCACUAUCUUGGAUUUACAACCAUUUUGAAAUAUAUUUGAGGUCAAAGAAGACUUUUUCUUGCCCCCCAUGUGGAGCCCCUGAACGCUGUUGGAGAGGGCCAUCAUCCGGAAAUCCUGACGGGCUAUUGAUUGUUUGGCCCACAUGAUUCAGCGCCUGAAUUUCCUGAGCGGUUAAGGACUCAAGGAACAAACGAUGGAACAAAACUUGUUUGGAGGGGCCCCCAGGUUUCUCACUCGCCCAAAGGCAUUUUCAGUGUGUGUGGGCAAGGAUGCCACACUCAGCUGCACAAUUGUGGGCAGCCCAACUCCACUGAUAACCUGGGAAAAAGACAAGCUGAAGCUGACGUCCGGAGGCCGCUUCAAGACUGUGGAAGAUGGAGACGCUUAUCGCCUGACCAUCUAUGACUUAACUCUGGAGGACAGUGGACAGUACAUGUGCAGAGCUAAGAACAGCGUCGGUGAAGCUUACGCCGCUGUAACCCUCAAAGUGGCGCUGCCGACAGAGAUGUCUCAGAAGGCCCCUGUUUUCAUGGUGAAGCCUGCCUCUGCACGUGUUGUUUUGGGCGGUGAUGUUGUUUUCCACUGCCAAGUUGCAGCUUACCCUGAGGCCAACUUUGAAUGGGAAAAGGAUGGGCGCUACCUGGGGGAGACCAGUCGCAUCAAGAUCAUUUCUGAGAGCGAUGGCAGCACUUUAAAGAUCCAGUGCGUACGAAACCUGGACAGCGGCACUUACACCUGCAGGGCCCAGAACACUGUCGGCCGCGCACAAGCUGCGGCUGCCCUCGUUGUAGAUGCUCAGGAUUCCCACCGCCAAGCUGUAGAUAAGAGCAGCUCCCUUCUCUCUCACCUACAGAAGCGCAAAGAGGAGAUCUCCAUCUACCGCAAUGAAGAAAGCAGCGCCUCCAUUUCUUCCUCCUCCACGGCCAAAAUCACGGAUGCUUUCAGUUCUCUGGGCCUGGAACACGAUCUGCGAGCAUCUGCCCUGGCGAAGCUUCCUAAAGGUGUAUUCACUCGUACCUGCACCGUGACUGAGGGGAAACAUGCCAAACUCAGCUGCUUUGUGACCGGUCACCCCAAACCCCACACUAUCUGGAGGAAGGAUGGAAUGAACAUCAGCGAGGGCCGCAGACAUGUCAUUUAUGAGGACCAAGCUGAGAACUUCAUCCUGAAAAUCCUGUACUGCAAGCAGACUGAUAAUGGCCUCUACACCUGCAAUGCAACCAAUAUGGCAGGGCAGACCUACAGCGCUGUGUUAGUAACAGUCAAAGAACCCAAGGUGCCAUUCAGGAGAAAGCUGCAGGAUGUGGAGGUGCAGGAAAAAACCUCAGCCACACUCAUGUGUGAGGUGCCUCUUAGUUCCACUUAUACCAACUGGUUCAUGGAGGAAACGCGACUGCAGCAAAAUGCUAAAUAUCGCAUGGAGCAGGACGGCACCCUCCGUCGCCUCACCAUACACAACGUUACCACCAACGACGAUGGAGUUUAUAUAUGCGAGAUGAAAGAGGGCAGUCGCACUGUGGCUGAGCUCACAGUCCUGGGUAACAUAACUAAGAAGCUUCCUCGGAGGACAGUAGUUCCUGUUAGCGACACUGUCAUCUUCUGCGUGGAGCUGGAACAUCCCUAUCCAGACGCCUACUGGACUCGCAAUGGCGAGAAGUUAAAAGAGGAUUCACGUAUUUCAAUCGGCUGCGUGCUUAGACAGUACACACUCACAAUUAGAGAUUGCCAGGCAGAGGACUCUGGAGAAGUGGCGUUUGUGGCUGGAGACUGCAAGACAUCCACCCGAUUCUCAGUUACUGCUGCCCGGAAGCAUCCUCCCGAUCCCCCAGUUGACGCUGUGGUGCAGAACAAAACAGAGUCCUCCAUCACCAUUCAGUGGUCUCCUCCUGACAGUGACCGCCCUGUCCCCAUCAAAGGCUACGUUGUAGAGCGAAGGAAGGUUGGUACCCAAAUGUGGCAGAGGUGCAAUGCUGAAGAAACCAUUGUCACAACAGAGUUUACAAUCUGCAACUUCACUGAAGAAGCUAGCUACCAGUUCCGUAUCUCUGCCAUUAAUGACUUUGGGCAGAGUGCCUACCUGGAGGUACCUGGAACCUUCUACCUUGAACCCACUGCAGAAAUCAGAAAAGGUCUGAUUAACAGCACUGCAGUCUCCGGUGAGGAAUUCUCCAUCUCUGUCGAGCUGUCUGCUGUUUGCUCAGGCUUCUGGUCCCUAAACGGACGCCUUUUGCGCAGCGGAGCCGACUACCUCAUCACCAGGUCAAAAAACAUACACACAUUGCUCAUCCGAGUUGUGACCAUGGAAAUGAAUGGAACUGAAGUCAAGUUUGUGGGUGGAGGCUCACAAAGCAGUUGCAUCCUCAAUGUGAAAGCCCCUUCUGUUAGGUUCACCAACAAAUCCGAUCAUCUAGAGGUGGUAACCUGCAGUGCCCAAGCCACUGCUCAGCUGACUGUUGAGGUGUCAGAUUACGACACACAGGUGGUUUGGACGAAGAACGGACGGGAGCUAAAAAUGGGCAAAAAGUAUGAAUAUGUGCUUAAUGACCGCAAGAGGAUCCUGAUGGUACACAACGUCACUGAGGAAGAUGUGGGCAUUUAUGAUUGUGUGUUACCUAAUGACAAGAUGUCCAUGCAACUCACUCUUAAAGAUGAACCUGCCAAAUUUCUAAACAAAGCCAGAGGUACCAUGGGAAUGUCAUCGACUCUCAAAGGAGAUCUUGAGCUGAGCUGUGAGGUUUCAUCUGCCAGUGCUGCUGUUGUGUGGAGAAAAGAUCAAAUGGAAAUCACUGAGGACCAAAGAACUACCAUCAUCUCCAAAGGGACUCAAAGGAAACUCAUUAUCAAGAGUGCCAAGAAGAUUGAUGAAGGACAUUAUUCGUGUGAGACAGCAGCUGACAAAAUCACAUUCCAGGUUAAGAUAAAAGAAACUCCAGCUGUAGCUGCCUUCUCCAACAAAGAGUCAGUCCAAAAGGAAGUGAAGGCCACUCUCUCCCAAAAAGCAACUCUUACUUGUAAUGUGUCAGAUAGCAAGACAGAGGUGAAAUGGUACAAAGAUGGCAAGCUGUUGAUAUCCAGUAGGACCAUAUACUCAGAAGCAAAAGGCAACACUCGCCAGCUGGUGAUUGAAAAGGUGGAGAAGAGUGAUGCUGGAGAGUAUACCUGUGAAGCUGGAGGGGACAAGCUAGUCUUCAAGAUAUUUGUCACAGAUUCCCAGUCAGCUUUCAUCAACAAGGAGUCUAUUCAGAAGGAGGUUAAAGCCAUGCUUUCCCAGAAAGCCACGUUGAGCUGUGAGGUGGUCGAUACCAAGACAGAGGUGAAGUGGUACAAGGAUGGCAAGCUGCUGACUUCCACCAAGACAAUCCAUACUGAGUCAAAGGCCAAGAAUCGCCAGCUGGUGAUCGACAGUGUGGAGAAGAAGGAUGCUGGAGAGUACAUCUGUGAGGCUGGGACUGAAAAGCUUGCCUUCAAACUACAGGUGGCAGACACACAGGUCCAGUCAGCUUUCUCUAAUAAGGAGUCAAUCCAAAAGGAGGUAAAAGCCACCCUGUCACAGAAAGCUGUUCUAUGCUGUGAGGUAUCUGAUAACAAGACAGAAGUGAAGUGGUACAAAGAUGCCAAGCUGCUGAGUUCCAGCAGGACAAUCCAUACUGAGUCAAAGGGCAAGAAUCGUCAGCUGAUGAUUGACAGUGUGGAGAAAAAGGAUGCUGGAGAGUACAUCUGUGAGGCUGGGACUGAAAAGCUCACCUUCAAACUGCAGGUGGCAGAGGCCCAAUCAGUCUUCUAUAAUAAGGACUCUAUACAAAAGGAGGUGAAAGUCACUUUGUCCCAGAAGGCCACUUUGAGCUGUGAGGUUUCUGAUUCCAAGACAGAGGUGAAGUGGUACAAAGAUGGAAAGCUCCUGUCCUCUAGCAAGACUAUCCACACAGAGUCUAAGGGCAAGAAUCGUCAGCUGGUGAUCGACAGUGUGGAGAAGAAGGAUGCUGGAGAGUACAUCUGUGAAGCUGGGACUGAAAAGCUUGCCUUCAAACUACAGGUGGCAGACACACAUGUCCAAUCAGCCUUCUUUAACAAGGAUUCAGUUAAGAAGGAAGUGAAAGCCACCAUCUCCCAGAAGGCUGUCCUGAGCUGUGAAGUAGCCGACGCCAAGACAGAAGUGAAGUGGUACAAGGAUAGCAAGCUGCUGACUUCCACCAAGACAAUCCAUACUGAAUCAAAGGCCAAGAAUCGCCAGCUGGUGAUUGACAAUGUGGAGAAAAAGGAUGCUGGAGAGUACAUCUGUGAGGCUGGGACUGAAAAGCUUGCCUUCAAACUACAGGUGGCAGACACACAGGUCCAGUCAGCUUUCUCUAAUAAGGAGUCAAUCCAAAAGGAGGUAAAAGCCACCCUGUCACAGAAAGCUGUUCUAAGCUGUGAGGUAUCUGAUAACAAGACAGAAGUGAAGUGGUACAAGGAUGGCAAGCUGCUGAGUUCCAGCAAGACAAUCCAUACUGAAUCAAAGGGCAAGAAUCGCCAGCUGGUGAUUGACAGUGUGGAGAAGAAGGAUGCUGGAGAGUACAUCUGUGAGGCUGGGACUGAAAAGCUGGCCUUUAAGAUACAUGUGCAAGAGAUCCAAGUGAAGUCUGCCUUCUCCAGCAAAGAGUCUAUCCAAAAAGAGGUGAAAGCUACUCUCUCUCAGAAAGCCACUCUCACCUGUGAGGUAUCUGAUAUCAAUACAGAGGUAAAAUGGUACAAGGAUGGCAAGCUUCUGACCACCAGCAAGACAGUUCAUGUAGAGUCAAAAGGCAGGAGUCGGCAGCUGGUGAUCAACAGUGUGGAUAAGAAGGAUGCUGGGGAGUACAUCUGUGAGGCUGGGUCUGAGAAGCUGCCCUUUAAGAUACAGGUGUUAGAAGCCCCAGCUGGCUUCUCUAACAUGGAGUCAGUCCAGAAGGAAGUGAAAACUUAUCUCUCACAGAGAGCCACGCUUAGUUGUGAGGUUUCAGAUUCCAAGACAGAGGUAAAGUGGUACAAGGAUGGCAAGCUGCUGACUUCCAGCAAAGGAGCCCACAUGGAGUCUAAGGGCAAAACUCGUGAGCUGGUGAUAGAAAAAGUGGAGAAAAAGGAUGCUGGAGAAUAUACGUGUGAGGCUGGAACAGAGAAGCUGGUAUUUAAGUUGCAGCUAACAGAUUUAGCCAUAAAGUUCCAGAAGAAAUCUGUCAAGGACACAUGCGUGGUUCAAACAAGUGAAAGCAUUGUUUUAUCCACUGAACUGACCUCAGAGGGCGGUAGUGUGAGAUGGUUUAGAGAUAGCAUGGAGCUCAAGGAGAGCAGCAAGUAUGAAAUGAAAAAAGAGGGCCUUUCUCGUACCCUGAUAGUGAAAUCUGCAGAAAUGAAAGACAGUGGAACGUACUCUUGUCAAACUGCGGAUGAUAAACUGGAGUUCAAAGUUCAAGUUAAAGAUUCAGCUUUGAAGUUUGUUCUCCCUUUGAAACCUGCCACAGUGGAACUGGGAGGUACACUAAGCCUGAUUUGCGAACUAAAUCAAGCUUCAGGGGAUGCUGUAUGGCACCAUAAUGGCCGUGAGAUUAAACCUGGAGGCAGGUUCUGUGUCAGAGCAGAUGGUGCUAGGCGAAUUCUCACUGUGACUGGCAUGACCAAGGAAGAUGAAGGAGAAUACAGCUGUGAAUGUAGAAAUGACAAGACAUCUGCUAAAGUCUCUUCUAAAGCACCAAGAUUAGUGAGGUUGGUCACCAAACUGAACAACGUGGUUGCAACGGAGCGAAAAGAUGCCGUUUUCAAGUGUGCCGUCAGCCCAGCAGACGUCAGCGUCAGAUGGUUCCACAACAGUAUCCUCAUCGUUUCUGGGCAGAAGUAUAAGCUUGAGCAAGGUGGUGGCAGCCACUCACUUACCAUCACCUCAGUCACUCAGAAAGAUGCAGGAGAGAUAAGUGUUGAUGCAGAAGGCAAAAGCUGCAAAGCUACUCUACAAGUGCAACAUGAACCUGUGACUUUCAAGAAAAAGCUAGAAAACCUGACAGUGGAGGAGCAAAGCGAAGUGAGGAUGGAAGUGGAGCUCAGUAAGGCAUCGGAUGAAGUCAGGUGGAUGAAGAACAGUGUAGUGCUGCAACCUGCAGGAAACAUGGAGAUUCGGGUAGAGGGAGCUAAGCAGGCUCUGGUCUUCAAGAGUGUGACUUAUGCUGACCGUGGCAUCUACUCUUGCGAAACUCUGGAUGAUAAGACCCAGGCCAAGCUCAGCGUGGAGAUGAAGAAGAUCCAGGUAAUAAAGGGUCUAACAGAAACCAAGGCACGUGAAACAGAGACAGUAACACUUGAGGUAGAACUCAGUCAGGUCAAUGUUGAAGGCUCCUGGAACAGAGACAGGGUCAAAUUAAAGUCAGGGCCAAACUGCCAUAUCACAGCUCUGGGAAAGAAGCACAUCCUGACGUUGUCCAGUCUCAAGCAGGGGGAUGCAGGAAUGAUUUCCUUCCAGGCAGAGGGAGUGCAUACUUCAGCUAAACUGAUCGUCACAGAAGCUCCUGCUAUGAUCUCCAAACCUAUUAUGGAUAUGAGUGUUCCUGAGAAGGAGAAGGUUACGUUUGAAUGUGAAGUGUCCAGAGCGAAUGCAGAUGUUAGAUGGUUCAAGGAUGAGGUAGAACUAAAACCGGGAAAGAACUUUGCUAUUCAUUCAUUGGGCCAAAAGCGCACUUUGGCCAUCAACAAAUGCUCCCCUGAAGAUGGAGGCACGUACAUCUGCCGUACUACUGAUGAUAACACCUCCGCCAAGCUCACUGUUCAUGCCAGAGAUAUCAAGAUCAUCAAGAAGCUGGAAGAUCUGGAGGUAAUGGAGAAGGAGAGUGCUAAAUUUGUCUGUGAAAUCUCACACGAUGAAGUGGAGUGCCAGUGGUACAAAGGAAACACAAAACUCAAAGCCACUGACAACAUAAAGAUGAGGCAAGAGGGCAGAACUUAUGUGCUGCUUUUCAAGUCUGCUACCCCAGAAGAUAUGGGUGAAAUUAAGUUUACAGCUGAGAAAGCAUCUUCAACUGCUAAACUUAAAGUGAAAGAGCUGCCUGUGAAGUUUGUGAAGCGACUCAGGGAUAAGAUAGCGAUGUAUAAGCAUCGUGGUCAUCUUGAAUGCCAAGUGUCACGUGCCAGCGCAAAGGUGAAGUGGUACAAGAACAAGACGGAGAUCAAACCCAGCAAGAAGUACGAGAUCAAAAGCGAAGACCUGUACCGAAAGCUCACCGUUAUUGAUGUGGACUCUGGGGAUGAAGACACGUAUACCUGUGAUGCCACUGAUGACAAGACAUCCUGUAAACUGCUUGUGGAAGAGCAGUCCAUCAGCAUAGUGCGGGAACUUAGUCCAGUAGAAGUCACAGAACCCUUUGCAGCUGUUUUUGAAGUGGAAAUCAGUAUGGAACUGGUGAAACCUCCUGUAUGGACUUUGAAUGGAGUUGCUCUGCAGGAGGGGCCUGAUGUCGAAAUGGAGAAAGAAGGCACGAUGCACCGUCUCACUUUCAAAAAGACUAAAGCAUCAAUGACGGGAGCUGUACAGUUUACAGCUGGGAAGAGCAAAUCUUUAGCCCAGCUCACAGUUAAAGAGCGCCCUCUUGAGAUUGCAGAAGUUAUUAAAGAUGUUAAGGCGAAGGAGAAAAGUUCAGCCAUACUCAGCUGCAAGUUCUCUGCUCCACCCAAAGAGGUUAACUGGUUCAAAGGUCGAGUACCUCUGGCAGCUUCAGACAAGUACAACAUCAAGCAAGAUGGUACACGUGCCCAAAUUACCAUUCACAGGCUGACUGAGGAGGACAGUGGAGAGUACCGCUGUCAGUCUGGACCUGCUGAGACCAAAGGCACACUUACUGUUGAAGUGCGUGAAAUCAAAAUCACCAAGCACUUGGCCAAUACAGAAGUCGAUGAAGACAGCAAUGCGGUAUUCACCUGUGAGAUUAACUACGCUGAUGAAGAAGCUCAGUGGCUUCUGAAUGACAAGGUGCUCUUCACAAAUGAAGUUAACACCAUCGCUCAUGAGGGGAAGGUUCACAAGCUGACACUGAAGAACCUGGCACCUCAAGAUGGAGGAACAAUCACCUUUCAAGUCCGCAAGGUCAAAGAGUCUGUCACACUCAAGGUUAAAGAGAAGCGCGCUGUGUUCCUCAAGUCACUAGACGAUGUUAUUGGAGAAGAGAAAGGCAUGAUCACUCUGGCAUGUGAGGCAUCCAAGCCAAGAGUUUCCCCCACAUGGAGAAAAGAGGGUAAAGUCUUAAAAGCUGGGCCAAAAUAUGAGCUCCUUCACACAGGCAAGUCUUUGGGCCUGAUCAUCAAGGAUGCCACCAAAGAUGAUGCUGGGGAGUACAGCUGUGACCUUGGCACUGAGGUAUCCAAGGCAAAGGUUACGGUCAGAGAAAUUGGUAUUGGAAUAACUAAAUGGCUGAAAUCAGUUGAAGUGAAUGAGGGAGAUACAUGCAGCUUUGAGUGCAUCCUGUCUCGUGAGAGCACAGGUGAGUGCUCCUGGACUGUCAAUGGCCAAGCUGUUACAAACAGAGGCCGCUUUAACAUCUCCACCAAAGGACGCAAAUACAUGCUCACUAUUAAAGAUGUCUCCCCUGCUGAUGCUGGUGAGGUAGUCUUCAGUAUCAAAGACUUGAGCUCCAAAGCAACAUUGACAGUUGAAGGUAAAGCUUCAUCUGUAUCAAAAGGACUGCAGAAUAUUUGUGUCAUUCAAGGGGAAGAUGCUGUUUUUACUUGUGAGGUGACACAGGCUAGUUUUGCUGUAAAGUGGGCCAAGGAUGGUAAAGCCAUCAAAAAGAGCCAGAAAUAUGAGCUCAGCCAGCAAGAUAGAGUCAUGAAACUGACCAUCCAUAAUGUGUCUGCUCAAGACUCUGGAGAGUACAGCUGUGAAGUUAUUGGAGGUGCAACCACCAGAGCUAAGCUAGAAAUCAAGGAGCCAAUCCAUAAAUUCACUAAAACGCUAAAGGACAGUGAAGCAGACGAGAAGGGCUCCGUGACUCUGCAAUGCACGACGGAACAAAUCCCAUCCACGGUUGUAUGGCUUAAAGGUCACACAGAGCUCAAGGCUGGAGGGCGAUAUGAGAUGUCUCAGAAAGAUGGCGUCUUAACUCUCAUGAUCAAACAACUGGAGGAGAACGAUACUGAUAUCUACACUUGUGAUGUAGGCACUGCCAAGAGCAUGGCCAAGGUGACCGUUAAAGCCCUGCCUGCUACUUUUAUUGAGAAGCUCAAAAACCAGGAGAAAAAAGAAGGGGAGAGUGUGACACUUCGCUGUGAGCUAUCAAAACCUGCAGCUGUCGUUCAGUGGAAAAAAGACUCUGAAAUUCUCAAACCAGGAGAGAAGUAUGACAUGAAGCAGGCAGAGGGCUCUUGUAUACUUCAGAUUCUGAAUUUGAAGAUAGAAGAUAGUGGAGCGUAUACAUGCAUAUGCGGGGACGAGAAGACGUUUGCAGCCUUGAAAGUCACUGCAUUGCCACCAAACUUCACGCAGAAGCUGGAGAGCCAGCAGGCCGAGGAGGGAGCUGACAUUAUUCUGCACUGUGAGCUCUCUAAAGCUGGAGUCCCAGUAGAGUGGAAGAAAGGAACGCAGAUCCUGAAGUCUGGAGAAAAGUACCAGAUGAAGCAGAAGGCCUCUGUGAAUGAACUCGUAAUCAAGAAGGUGGUGCCUGAAGACAGUGGAGACUACAGCUGUGUGUGUGGAGACCAGAAGACCACAGCCAGCCUUAGCAUAAAGGCCAAACCAGUCACCUUCAAACAGAAGCUGGAGAGCCUGGAGGCUGAGGAGGGAGGCAGUGUUACUUUGCGCUGUGAGCUCUCUAAGGUUGGAGUCCCAGUAGAGUGGAAGAAGGGCACGCAGGUCCUGAAGUCUGGGGAGAGGUACAAGAUGAAGCAGAAGGCCUCAAUGAAUGAACUUGUGAUAGAAAAAGUGGUGCCUGAAGACAGUGGAGACUACAGCUGUGUGUGUGGAGACCAGAAGACCACAGCUAGCCUGAGCAUAAAGGCCCAACCAGUCACCUUCAGACAGAAGCUGGAGAGCCUGGAGGCCGAGGAGGGAGGCAGUGUUACUUUGCGCUGUGAGCUCUCUAAGGUUGGAGUCCCAGUAGAGUGGAAGAAAGGAACACAGGUCCUGAAGUCUGGGGAGAGGUACAAGAUGAAGCAGAAGGCCUCAAUGAAUGAACUUGUGAUAGAAAAAGUGGUGCCUGAAGACAGUGGAGACUACAGCUGUGUGUGUGGAGACCAGAAGACCACAGCAAGUCUCAAUAUCAAGGCCCAACCAGUGACCUUCAAACAGAAGCUGGAGAGCCAGCAGGCCGAGGAGGGAGCUGACAUUAUUCUGCACUGUGAGCUCUCUAAAGCUGGAGUCCCAGUAGAGUGGAAGAAAGGAACGCAGAUCCUGAAGUCUGGAGAAAAGUUCCAGAUGAAGCAGAAGUCCUCUGUGAAUGAACUCGUGAUUAACAAAGUGGUACCUGAAGACAGUGGAGACUACAGCUGUGUGUGUGGAGACCAGAAGACCAAAGCUAGCCUGAGCAUAAAGGCCCAACCAGUCGCCUUCAAACAGAAGCUGGAGAGUCAGCAGGCUGAGGAGGGAGCUGACAUUAGUCUGCGCUGUGAGCUCUCUAAAGCUGGAGUCCCAGUAGAGUGGAAGAAAGGAACACAGGUCCUGAAGUCUGGGGAGAGGUACCAGAUGAAGCAGAAGGCCUCUGUGAAUGAACUUGUGAUAGAAAAAGUGGUGCCUGAAGACAGUGGAGACUACAGCUGUGUGUGUGGAGACCAGAAGACCACAGCUAGCCUGAGCAUAAAGGCCCAACCAGUCACCUUCAGACAGAAGCUGGAGAGCCUGGAGGCCGAGGAGGGAGGCAGUGUUACUUUGCGCUGUGAGCUCUCUAAGGUUGGAGUCCCAGUAGAGUGGAAGAAAGGAACACAGGUCCUGAAGUCUGGGGAGAGGUACCAGAUGAAGCAGAAGGCCUCUGUGAAUGAACUUGUGAUAGAAAAAGUGGUGCCUGAAGACAGUGGAGACUACAGCUGUGUGUGUGGAGACCAGAAGACCACAGCAAGUCUCAAUAUCAAGGCUGUGAAGCUGGCAGCUCCUCCUUCAGCUGCUACAGAAUCUAAGAGGCAGGAAACCAAAGAAAAAGCGGGGACAUUGACAACAACUGAACAAACUCCUAAACAGGAUUUUCAGGGACAUUCAAGAGAGCUUAAAGUGGGAAGUGAAGUUCUUCCAGUCAUAUUCAUUCGAGACCUGGAGAGCCAAGUAGCUGAAGAGGGAGGUAGUGUUACCCUGCACUGUGAGCUAUCAAAACCUGGAGUCCAUGUAGAGUGGAAGAAAGGAUCAGAAGUCCUGAGCUGUGGAGAAAAGUACCAGAUAAAACAAAAAGGAUUCUGUCAUGAGCUGCACAUUCUUGAUUUGAGGCCUGGAGAUACAGGAAGCUAUUCGUGCUCUUUAGAGGAUACAAUAAGCUCAGCAUCUCUGGUUGUAAAUGCUCUUCCAGUUAUUUUCACAAAAGAGCUGGAAAGCCAAACGGCUGAUGAGGGUGACAGUGUCACCCUGAACUGUGAACUAUCUAAAGCUGGUGUUCCUUUGGAGUGGAGGAAGGGAGAACUUGGUCUUUGUCCUUGUGCAAAGUAUGAAAUUAGACAAAAAGUACACCUGGCUACACUAAUAAUCCAUGAUGUUGACUCAGAGGAUUCUGGGAGUUACACAUGUGAUGCCGGUGAUCGUCGUAGCACUGCACAGCUAGCUGUGAAGGCCAAGCCUGUCCUUUUCAAAACCCAGCUACAGAACCUUGAAGGACAAGCAGGAGAGAGCGCCUGUCUUCGUUGUGAAAUCACAAAGCCGGGGGUCAGUGUGGUCUGGAGGUGUGGUGAUCGGGUGCUGGCAUCCAGCAGCAAGUAUCACCUGAAGCAGGAAGGGACUGUAGUUGAGCUUAUUAUCUACAAACUGCAAGGAACUGACUCAGGAGAGUACUCCUGUGAUACAGGCAGGCAGAAGACUUCAGCUGUCCUCACUGUGAAGGAGGUCAAGGUUAAAGUACUGAAAUUCUUGGAGAGCUGCGUUGUGUACGAGGGUGAAGAUGUCUGCUUUGAGUGUCUGGUUUCUCAUGAGGAGGCACCAAUGGCACUGUGGAAACUCCAGGAUGUCCCUCUGCAGAAUAAUGAAAUGAACCUGAUCAAGGCUGAGGGCCGGCUGCACAGCCUCACACUCAGAGGCGUCACUACAGCUGAUUCGGGGACAGUAACUUUCACUGUGGGAAACCACACUUCCACAGCUUCUCUGACAGUCAGAGCUGCACCUGUAGUAUUCAAGAAGGAGCUGAAAAGUCAAGAGGCCAAAGAAGGUGGCGAAGCCUCUCUGUCCUGUGAGGUAUCAAGCCCUGAUCACAAGGUGACCUGGUGGAAGGGCUCAACUCUUCUCACACAGGGAGAGAAAUACACCAUGGAGCAAAAAGCAACCACUCACAUUCUGAUCAUACACAAGCUGAUCAUGGAGGAUAGUGGGGAAUAUACCUGUGAUACUGGAGACCAGAAAAGCACUGCUACCCUGACUGUAAAAGAGCAUGUGCGAAUCAUUCGAGAACUCUGCGACAUUACUGUGACCACUGGGAAAGACGCCGUCUUUGAGGUUGAGCUGUCACACUCUGGUGUCACCAAUGGGGAAUGGUGGCUUUCAGACAACCUGCUUCAAAAUAAUGAUCUGAAUCAAAUGAGCAUUAUAGGGAGAGUGCACCGCUUGGUCCUCAAGAUGGUAACCACGGAUGAAUCUGGAGAUGUUGCCUUCGUGGUGGGAGAAGAGAAGAGUGUGGCCUGUCUUCUGGUGGAGGAGAAACCCAAAGUGCUAAUAUUAGAGAAGCCACACAACACUGUUGCAUUAGAAGGUGAAACGGUCACUUUGGCCUGCACCAUCUCUGACCCCAGUGGUAAGGUUACAUGGAUCAAAAACAAUGUGGCCCUCCAAGCGGGUCUCAAGUAUGACCUGAAGAAGAAUGCAGCAUUUCAUCAGCUUCGUAUUCACAACCUGGUGGCUGAGGACGCCGGAACGUAUACCUGCGACACUGGGGAUGCACAGUGUGAUGUCACGCUGACUGUGGAAGGUGCCCCAGUCUUCUUCCAGACAGAGCUCAAGAACCAGGAUGCCAUAGAGGGUGAUGAUAUUACUCUGCACUGUGAGCUCUCUAAGCCGUGUGUUUGUGUUGAGUGGAGGAAAGGAGGAUUAGUCCUCCGGCCUGGUAAGAAGUAUGAGAUGAGACAGUCAGGGUGUAUUCAAGAGCUCUGUAUAUGGAAUCUGGAGCCUGAUGACAGUGGCUACUACACCUGCGAUGCAGGAGACCAGCUCACUACAGCUUCUUUAGCAGUGCAAGCAAAAGAAGUCUUCAUUGUUUCUGGCCUUAAGUCCACCGAUGUUUUUGUUGGCGAAUGGGCAACUUUCUCCUGCCAGCUCUCUGGUAAAGCCCACGGCAAGGUGCAGUGGUGGCUGGAUGGCAGCUUGUUGGAGAACAGCCCCUUUAGUGAGAUAGGGCUGGCCCAGGGCCACAUCCACACACUCACCUUAAAGAACCUGGCCACAGAUGACUCUGGCACUGUCACCUUCAAAGCUGGCAGUUUAACAUCAACAGCCAAGCUCUUGGUCAAAGAUCCCACAGUUGAAGUGGUGAGCGAGAUGGAGGACCUUCGGGUGGUUGAAAACCAGCCGGCUGAGUUCAUCUGCCAGUACUCAAGACCAGUGAAGGCUCAGUGGAAGAAAGAUGGGCAGCCUUUGCAGCCUGAUGGCCGAAGGGUGGUAGUGGAGCAGGACUGGAAUGUGGCUCGCUUGUACAUUAGCCAUGUGUCUGCUGAGGACAGGGGCACAUACUCCUGUGAGGCAGAGGGGACCUGCGUGGUCGCUUCACUUCAUGUGGAAGCCAAACCCAUUACCAUUGUUCAGGGCCUGGAGAAUGUGGACACUUUUGAUGGAGGCGAAGCACUCUUUGAGUGUGCCCUGUCUCGUCCUGAGAGCAAAAACUGCCAGUGGCUCCUUGAUGGCAAACCACUGAAAGAAUCCCCGAAUGCUGAGGUUGUAUCAUUCGAGAGCGGUCGUCGCCAUCUGCUCCUGCUGAAAGAGCUGCGCGUCAAAGACAGUUGCAUGGUGACUUUCAGAGCUGGCGCAGCGUCCACAUCUGCCCAGCUCACUGUUAAAGGUUGGCAGUUGGCCAUUGUGAAGGGUUUGGAGGACAGAGUGGCUGCAGUGGGGGAGAAAGUCGAGUUCUGUGUUGAGCUCACGGAGGUGGUCCCUACGACAGAAGUGGUCUGGUAUGCUAAUGGAGUUGAGCUGAAGCCCAGUGACCUCUGGGCUAUGAGGGCCGAUGGUCGGUCUUACCGCCUUGUCCUGAGACAGGCGCCUCUUUUGCCCCAGCAGGAAAUUACAUUUGCUGCCAGAGAUGCUAUCUCUCUGGCCAAGCUCACCAUCAUCACUGUGCCUGAUCCUCCAGAGGAUCCGGAGGUCCUCAGUAAGACAAAAAAGUCUGUUACCCUCUCUUGGUUCACACCUUUGCAUGAUGGAGGAAGUCCCAUUCUGGGCUACAGAGUGGAGAUCCGAAUGGUAGACAGUGCCCUCUGGCUUCCAUGUCAUUCUGAGCCUGUGCGUAACACCGAAUUUGUGGUUGAAAAUCUCAGUCCAGGCAGUGCCUACAGGUUUAGAGUGGCAGCCAUCAACAGAGCAGGGAUAGGGGAGCCUGUUGAGCUGCCUCAGACUGUUCAGCUUGAAGCACCUCCUCUGCCACCGAUUACUCCAGAUGCAAAACAGGAAGUAACUGAGGCACUGGGACAGCCCAGUCUUCCUCCUGAGGCUGCUGAAGAAGGUGAUCUCCAUGAACUUUGGGAAGCAUCAGCCAAGAAACGACGCAUGAGUCGGGAGCCAACUCUGGACUCCAUCUCUGAACAACCAGAGGAGGAUGGCAAAAGGGGUCAGAGCAAAUUAGACCAGAAUCAGCUUCCACAAUCUGAGAAAGUGGAAGUCAAAUCAACAGAGAAGGAGCAGGCCAUUGUGUCAAAGAAGCAGACAGAAGCCAGCCUGUGCACCAGCUCUGAGGACGAGUCUGUUUCUGGGCGUUCGACGCUUGUUUCCUACCUCAAAAAGAGCAGCAAGACUACUGAGACAGUGACAAAGGAAGCAGAUACUCUAGCUACUGAGAGGUUCUUCGCACAUUUCCAAAUGUCAGAGCAGAAAACUGUGCAGCAGACAGAAGUGAAAACAACUGUAGUUCAGCAAACCCAAGAAAAACACGUGUCUACAGAGGAAACUAGCAUCAUGGAGAUCGGUAAAGAGGAUGACCCUGAGCUCAGAGAAGCUGCUGUUAAGAUUCAAGCUGCCUUCAAGGGCUACAAGGCCCGCAAGGACAUGCGUCCUGUUUUUAAAGAAGUCUUCAAAGACCAGACUAAAGAACCUAAUGGCACCAUACAUCUGGAAUGUGUGACAGAAGGUAAACCUGAUAAGGUCCGCUGGCUGAAAGAUGGAGAACCACUGACGGAUGGCAAGCAUCAUCAUAUUGAUAUCUAUAAUGAUGGCACCUGCUCACUGGUCAUUACUGCAAUCACCACCAAGGACACUGGAGUUUACACAUGUGAAGCCACUAACAAGUUUGGGGUAGCUUCUCACAGUGGUAAGGUGACUGUGGGAACGGUAAGAGAAUCAUCGGGCCGACGGCCGCUUACUGUAGGUUACAGUGCUGACAGUGAGCCUGAGAGCUCCUCCGGAAGUGAGAUGGAUGAGUCGCUGAGACAGGCAAGCAGACGCCUCCGGCGCCUGUUGCGCACGCGUCUCCCACCAGAUGUUGAGGAAGAACCAUUUGUCAGUGCAGAUGAAGGAGACUUGCGAGCCCCAGACCCACAAUCUUACCGUGAAGAUGACAAUUAUAUCUACAUUCGUUUUGAUUCACGGACAGAAGCUGAAGUUGCCUCUAUGAGAUUUCAGGAGAUGUUUACAGUCCAUGGGGUUCCUGUGGAGACCACAAUCUUACCUGCAGGACCUCACAAAGUGGAGCUGCGAAUUAAAAAGAUGAGCUACAUACAAGAUGGUACACAGACGCCCACACAAGAUAGACAGCCUCCUGCUUUCAUGACUGGAGCUCCAGCUGCACCGGUCUUCUUAACCGAGCUACAAAGUCAGGAUGUUCCAGACGGUUAUCCAGUCAGCUUUGACUGUGUUGUGAUUGGCAAGCCACCUCCCACUGUUCGCUGGUAUAAGGAUGGCAAGCUGCUGGAGGAGAACGACCAUUACAUGAUCAAUGAAGACCAGGAGGGCUGCCACCAACUUAUCAUCACCACUGUGUUGCCUACUGAUAUGGGGGUCUAUCGCUGCACAGCUGAAAACAGCAGUGGCAUUGCAUCUACUAAAGCUGAACUCAGGGUUGACAUGUCUUGCAGCUCAGAUUAUGACACUGCUGCUGAUGCCACUGAGACGUCUUCUUACGUCAGUGCCAAAGGAUACAUGUCCAGGGAAACUGAGACCUUUGAGUCUGUAGCUGAAGAUGAUCAGCUACCGCAGGUUGUGGAGGAGCUUCAUGAUGUUCACGUCUGUCCAGGUUCACCUAUUGCAAAGAUGCAGCUUAAAGUAAAGGGUUUCCCGAAACCCAGAAUAUACUGGUUCAAAGAUGGCCACCCUCUACGACCUUCAGAAAGAAUUCAUUUGUUAGCAGAGAGAGACGUUCAUGGCGUGGAGAUCACGGAGGUGAAAAAAGAGGAUAUGGGGGAGUACUCCGUCUACAUCAGCAAUGCAGCUGGUUCUGCUUACUCCUCUGCCCGGAUGAUAGUAUUGAGUCCUGGGGAGAUUUUACCACAAGAGAAAAAGGACCCUAAAGAGCCCCUGGUGCCACCCCGCUUUAUUGAAAGGUUCAGCAAUAGGAAGGUGAAACAAGGAACAAGCAUCACUCUGUCUGUGAAAGUAGAAGGAUCUCCUACUCCCAUGGUCAACUGGCUAAAGGAGGAAUCUUUGGAGGAUGUCCUGUGGAUCAAGCCUGACACUAAAGGAUACAAAAUAGCAAGCUCUGGGCGCCACCACAGUCUCAUCUUGAUGGACGUGGGCACAGAGUACACUGGUGCCUAUACCUGCAUUGCAACAAAUAAAGCUGGACAGUCCAUCUGCACUGCUCACUUGGAGGUGGAUGAGACUCCUCAGCCCAAGAAAGAGACAGUGGCUUCAGAGGUUCUUGGGAUUACAGUUAGUCCUCCACAGGAAGAUACUAGCAAAGGAAAAGAGGGCAAAAUGCCUUUCCUAGGUGAAGUAGGUUCAGAGGAAUUCCUCAUGAAACUCACCUCUCAGAUCACUGAAAUGGUAUCAGCCAAGAUCACCCAAGACAGUUUACAGAAUCAUGAAGUGCUCCAGUGGAUGAAAUCUUGGCCCAAAUCUGCCACUUCAUUACGCGUACCAGGUGGUGACAGUGAUGAUGAGACCAAGACACCUUCUCCAUCACCUCAUCACGGUCGCUCCCGUCCUCCCUCCCUCAUUGCUGACUCCUCCUCUGAGUCUGAUGAAGGAGACGCCAGGGGAGAGAUGUUUGAUAUCUAUGUAGCAACAGCUGAUUACAACCCCAUCGUGGCGAGCAAAGAUUCCAUCUCUCUAAAAGAGGGACAGUAUGUUGAGGUUUUGGACUCGGCUCACCCGCUCAAGUGGUUAGUUCGGACCAAACCCACCAAAACGACACCAUCCCGCCAAGGCUGGGUCUCACCGGCCUACCUGGACAAAAAACUCAAACUGUCUGCUGAUGCUGGCGAUCUUCCAGAAACAAGUGUGGAAGAGGUGUCUGAAGGAGAAUACAAGAGAAAAUUAUUCCAACUGAUCCAGGAACUGAUAAACGGAGAAUCAGAGUUUGUCAAGGAGGUGGAAUUCUUCACCUCCCAUCACCUGAAGCAUGCAGACAGUUCUGAUGCACCGCCUGACGUCACCAGCCAGAAAGAGGCUAUUUUCAGAAACAUUGAUGAUAUCAAAUCCUUCCAUAACAAGGCAUUCCUUCCGAAGUUGAAUGACUGCGACACUGAUGAUGACAUAGCCAUGUGUUUCCUGAAGAACAAGGAGGGCUUUGAGAAGUACCUUCAGUAUCUUGUAGGUCAUAGUCAGGCUGAAUCUGCCAUCAGUGACAAGACUGUGCACAGCUUCUUUAAGGAAUAUACUGACACAGCGCAGGCUAAUUCAGACCCUGCAGAUCCACCAGUAAGAAGCAUAAAUGCCUAUCUCCAACAGCCACUGGAGAGGAUUCAGAAGUACAAGGCCUUCCUGAAGGAGCUCAUUCGAAACAAAGCAAGAAAUGGUCAGAACUGCUGCCUGCUGGAAGAAGCUUUUGCAAUGGUGUCUGCACUCCCUCAGCGUUCUGAGAAUACCCACCAUGUCUCCAUGAUUGAGAACUAUCCUGCCACCCUCGAAGUUCUUGGAGAACCAAUUAGACAGGGGCCUUUCCAAGUGUGGGAGGGUGCUCCUGGAAUUAGAACGUCCUCUAGAGGUCACCACCGUCACGUCUUCCUCUUUAAGAACUACUGCAUUAUCUGCAAGCCCAAGAGAGACAGCAACACUGAUACACAAGCAUAUAUUUUCAAGAACAUGAUGAAGCUGAAUAACAUUGAUGUGAAUGAGACAGUGGAGGGUGAUGACCGUGCCUUUGAGAUUUGGCAUGAGCGCGAGGAUUCUGUGAGGAAGUACACCUUACAAGCCCGAACUGUUACCAUCAAGAACUCGUGGCUGAGAGACCUCAGAGAACUGCAGCAGCGAUACAGCAUGCCUGCAUGGAGUUCCCCUGAUUUUGAUGAAAUUCUGGCAAACUGCACAGCAGAGCUGGGCCAGACUGUUAAGCUGGCUUGCAAAGUUACUGGAGUACCCAAACCUGCGGUUACCUGGUACAAGGAUGGACGCGCAGUGGGGGCAGAUCCACAUCACAUCAUCAUCGAGGACCCUGAUGGUUCCUGCACACUAAUCCUGGACAAUAUGACUGCAGAUGAUUCUGGUCAGUACAUGUGCUUUGCCACAAGUCCAGCUGGCAAUGCCAGUACUCUGGGAAAGAUCACAGUUCAGGUACCUCCUCGUUUUGUAAAUAAAAUAAGGAAUGCCAUCUUUGUUGCCGGUGAGGACGCUCAGUUCACCUGUGUAAUACAAAGCGCCCCCAAGCCCAAAGUGAGGUGGUUCAAGGAUGGCAGGCUGCUGACUGACCAGCAGAAAUAUCAGACCUACAGUGAGCUCCGGAGUGGCGUUCUGGUUCUGGUAAUCAAAAACCUGACAGAGAGAGACCUUGGACACUAUGAGUGCGAGUUGUCGAACCGUCUGGGCAGUGCAAAGUGUGCUGCUGACUUGGUCUUCCCCUCCGCUGUGGCUCGCUCUGGUGAGCAGGCCAUCACCAUUGAAGUUACCGAGCAGGAGACGAAAAUACCAAAGAAAACCAUCAUCAUUGAGGAGACUAUAACCACCGUGGUGAAGAAUCCUCGAAUGAGAAGACACAGAUCACCUGGCUUGACUCUUGCUGGUGUCCACCGCUCUGAGACUUCCACCCCCGAGCUUCCUACAGCCAGGACAAGGAGGAUGCCCACUCCAAGAAAGACCACUAUCCCAACUCUCUAUGUUACUGAUCCCCAGGGGGCGGAAGCCAGGGGAACAGAGAGCAAGCCCAGGUGGGUUGAAGUAGAAGAGGUCAUCGAGUAUAAGGUCAAUAAGUCUCCCAGGUUGUCCAGGAGGAGAGGUAUUUCGCCAGCAGGGUCUGAUCGUGCAGGCACACCCUCGAGACCCAAAAGGUCUCCAGUGGAAAACCCAAAUGCUAACAAUUCCAACAACAAGCUUGUGGAGCAAGCACAGGCCCACCUGCAGGGAGACAUCAGCAGCCAGCCGCUCUCAUGGGAGGAAGAGGUGACUGAUGCUGCAUCUGGGUCUGCUUCUGGGGAGCCGCACGAGCUCUCUUCUGUUCUCGCUACAGCUGGAGAAGAUCACGACGACCUGGAUGAUGAACAAACUGUAAUUUUUGAACCCGAUGACGAGGAGGAUACAUCUGCAAGAAAGCAAGAGCCUGUGUUCCUAAAACAAGGAGAUCGUGUUUUAACCCUUGAGGACUUGGAGGAUUACGUCCCAGAGGAAGGAGAGACUUAUGGCUCCUCCCACACGCAACACGUUAACGAAAAGCCUUGUGAGAUCUCUGUGCUUCAGAGAGAGAUUGGCGGUUCUACAGUGGGACAGCCGGUGCUUCUCAACGUGGGCCGGCCUGAUGUGGUGCCCCGGCAAAGGACUGGCUUCUUUAGUCGGUUCAGGGAGAAUCUCUCCAGCAGCCUUUUCUCAUCUGCUGUCCCACCGCAGGCCAGGGAGGCUCGGUCCAGGGCGGAGAGGAAUGUGCCUAUUCAAGUGAGCCAUGCAAAGCUGGAAGUGAAGCCUUCGUACUGCUCAGAGGUGCAGAGAGUUGAGGGCAGGCAGCAGAGUUUUAAAACCAAAGUGUCAACUCAGACCUAUGGUUACACAUCAGUUGGCAAUCCUGUCACUCUUCAAAUUAGAGAUGACCUUUAUCAGAACCAGUGAAAAGCAAACAUUUAAUUUGGCAUCACAAACCCUCUUAGUCUUAAAUAGGGACAUUCACUAAACAUGAAAAUACAGAUCGUAACCUGAGCAACAUUUACUGCAUUUGACAAACCAUUCCAUUUUUAGCCUGCCAAUCAGAUAAUAGUGUCAUCCUUAGAUAUUUUCUUGACAGACUGUUAGACUCUACUGUCUCUUACAGAUGAGAUGGAAACUAUAGGGAUAUACAUGUUGUGUGAUGUACAAUAUGCAUGAUGGGCAGAAGCUAAGAAAGGUCUGACAUUUACUGAUUAAAACCUUCAUAUCUAAUGGUGAGUUGAAGUCUUUAAAUAAAAUAAAUGUUUUUUGGUUAUACAUACAGUGAUUGACAAAUUUAUGAGACUGCCACCCCCAGUGUAAGGUUUAUGUCACAGCUCCCUAAAUUAACAGUACUGGUGAUUACCAACAAGUUUUAUGUUUCUGUGAUGGUUAAUCCACUGGUAUACCAUAUUACAGUUAUUUACUUGCAUGAUUGUUAUAAUUAAUUUGUGACUGCAGAGAAAUCUAGUGUCUAUUUUUUAUUGGUCUUUAUUGGGUAUAAAAUGCAUUUUUGAGAGAUAACAAAUUACAAUGAUGUUUAACAGUGUACCUACGCUGAAUGAUCAGCUUUACUCCCCAGUAUUAACUGAUCCAGAUGUAAUCCUUAGUCCAUUGCAACAUACAUGAAUAGGAUUUAUAUUUUUUCAGGUUUUACUUUGGUACCAUUCAGGUCAUGCUAUGGCACUUUGGAUUCCUGGAGCUGGAAAUAUUGGGAGGUAAUGAGAUGCAUGUUUCAAGUAAACAACACUGAAUAUAAAAGUAGUGUAAACUUGGGGACUGUUGUGUUUCAGGAGCUGUUAGUUAAUCAAAUUGGAGAAUCACAAAUCUCUACUACAUUAUUUUGUGGUGUUGUGAAUGAUUCCUUAGUGAGCAGUUUAUAAACACGACAUUUGCGCGAGCAAAUCAUUUGGUAGGUGAACAGAUGCCUGUUUCCAAGUUCCUACCAUCAACUGAAUUUUUUACUCAACUUUUUUGGCAUUUGUGUCUGCUAGUGCGGUGAAACAGCCUGUAAACUCAGGUUGUUACAGGGAUAUUCCUAUGCAAGUGACAAAUAUGUAGAUGAGUGACUGCAUGUAUUUGCUUCUCCAAGACAGAUGUGUUUCUCUAGAAUAACCAGUUGUCAUCCUAUAUUUGAUUGAGCGCAGAUGUUUAUGCAAAGUACUUCAGCUGACAAAAUUUACUAACUUUUUAGUGCAAUUUAAAAGUAACUAGAGUAACUUCCUAAUUAAACAUGUGUGGUGUUUGUGUUGAUCAAAAGGUGUCUGUUAAAAGGAUGAUUUUAUGUAAUAAUUUUAAAUCACAAACUGAUUGUACUUGCUUGUACUGUACAUGUGUAGUUUUGGACAAAACAUGGUUGAGUACAACGUGUUCAAUUGAAUAAAAGUACUGCAAAUAUGCCACA